AUGAUAUAUGCUACUUUGACCUCCACAACGUCUGUUAAUGUUGCUUCCGGAUGUAGUUUCUCGAAGACUUAUACGGCUACCGCACAGGCUGAUUUGGAUUCUUUGGCCUCUUGUGAUGCCAUCAAGGGUGAUGUCUAUAUCACCGGUGAUUUGGGUACUGGUUCCAUUGCUAACGUCAAAGCCAUCUACGGUGACUUGAUUAUUUCCAAUGCUACUGAAUUAGCCUCCUUCGCUGCCGACUCCAUUGCUGCUAUCAGUGGUGAGUUGAAGUUAGAGAGUUUGACUAUCUUGUCGGAACUUUCUAUGGGUUCUUUGAAUUCUGUUGGUGCUAUUAACUGGGUCACUUUGCCAGCUUUGAUUGACACUGGUUUGACCCAGGUUACCGACUGUAAUUCCAUCUACAUUUCCGACACCCAGUUGUCCUCUUUGGAUGGUUUGAAUCCAAUCAACGUCGAAACGUACAACAUCAACAAUAAUUUGAACUUGGCUUCUAUCGAUUCCGAAAUUCAGACUAUUUCUCAAGCUUUGUCUAUCUCUCACAACGGUGACGAAACUGAGCUUGUCUUUGAUGAGUUGCAGUGGGCCAACAAUUUGACUUUCUACUCUGUCUCUUCCAUUUCCAUGAGUAGUCUUCAGUCCAUUAACGAAAGUGCCGGUUUCUUCGAGUCCUCUGUUGAGGCCUUGAAGUUCCCAUUGGUUACUAAAGUCGGUGGUGACUUGACUAUCGAAAAUAACGAGGACUUGCAAGAACUCGACUUUGGUAACUUGACUUCCAUUGGCGGUGGCUUGGUUAUUGAGAACAACACUGAGUUGAAGUCUAUCGAAAACUUUGAUGACUUGAAGUCUGUCACUGGUGCAGUUGUCCUUGUAGGUGAAUUCGACAACUGUACUAUGUCUGACUUGAAGACUGUCAGAGGUGCCUUCGAAGUUGAUACCACUGGUGACUUUGACUGUACCGACUUUAACAAGUUGGCCAAGCAAGGUAACAUUCAGGGUGACUUCGAGUGCAAGGCUUCUACUUCGAGCUCUUCUAUUUCAGGUUCAAAGACUUCUUCUUCGACCUCUUCUGAGGGAAGCGACUCUUCAUCUUCCACUGCAAGCUCGUCUUCAAGUAAAGGUGAUGCCGCUAAUAUCGCAGUUAAUUGCGCCCCUAUCUGGGGUACCUUUGCCGCUUUUGUCGUGGCCUUGUUAUAA